UGCGCGUUCAAGUAUGUGACAGUACCGGUAUGUGUACUCUUGAAAGAUUCAACAUCUUAUCAGUUGGUAGCCUGAUUUCUUACCGAAAUGGCAGGCAGUGACAGAAACAAGAGGCUUUUGCUGGAGCUGGUGAAACAGCCGGACAACAGCCGGUGCGCGGACUGCGGGGCUGCAGAUCCAGACUGGGCUUCCUACAAGCUGGGAGUGUUUGUGUGUCUGAACUGCUCGGGGAUCCACCGCAGUCUCUCCAGUCGGGUCAAAUCCAUCCGGCUGGACUUCUGGGAACAUGAUCUAGUAGAGUUCAUGAAAAGCACUGGCAACGCCAGCGCUCGAGCUGUGUAUGAGAAAGCUGUUCCACCCUACUACUAUCAGCCCCACCAACAUGACAACAGCGUCCUGAGGGAGCAGUGGAUUCGAGCUAAAUAUGAGAGGAGGGAAUUCACAGGAGAAACCAAGUAUCCACCACUGUCUUACACCACAGGUUUCUGUGAAGGACUGCUGUGGAAGAAAGGGAAAGAUAACGCACAGUUUCUGAAGAGGAAGUUUGUUCUGUCAGAGAGAGAAUUUACCCUGACGUACUACAACAAGGAGGACGAGUCCAAAGGUCCCAAAGCUGUAAUCUCCAUCAAAGACCUGAAUGCCACAUUUCAGCCAGAGAAAAUCGGUCAUCCUCAUGGGCUACAGAUCACCUACCAGGUUGCGGAUCACACCAGGAACCUUUACGUUUAUCACGAGAGCCCUCAGGAAAUAGUCACAUGGUACAAUGCUAUACGUGCUGCUCGCUAUGCGUACCUGAAGACAGCAUAUCCAAAUGGAAGUGAUGAAGAACUGAUACCAAAGAUAACAAGAAACUACCUCAAAGAGGGAUACAUGGAAAAGACAGGACCACUGCAAAAGGAGCCAUUCAAAAAGAGGUGGUUUAUUUUGGACUCCCAAAAGAGGAAGUUGUUCUACUUCAAAGACCAACUGGACGCAGAGGAGUUAGGAGUCAUUUUCAUUGGCACAGGGAGCAACGGCUACUCCGUAAAGGAGUGCGUCCCGAAGAAUGCUCGCGGAAACAAGUGGAAGUGUGGGGUCAUGGUUGAAACACCAGAGCGGCAGUUUGUGUUCAUGUGCGAGCAGUUUAGGGAGCAGAAAGAGUGGCUGGAUGCACUCAGAAAGGUGCUGUCCAGACCCAUGUCCCCCCAAGAUUAUACAGCUGAAGCCAGUAUAAAAUAUAAGAGAUGAACUACAGAGAGGUGUGACAACAGGAUGACUACUGGAAAACUGCAGCUGUUGUAGAAAUUACUGAACGUUCAACUCUAGGUUCAGAAAGUUUUGUAUUUGUG